UGUAAUUACCACUUGAAACAAUAAUUAGAUCUGACUGAAGCAAGCUUAAUUUGUUUUAAAUAUAUAGAAAAGACAUAUUGUUUUCCUGGCUCAUUGUAUUGGAAUUUAAAUAUAUAUAGAAAAGUGGCUACCAAUUUUAACAUGUCAAGGAUUUUCUAUAAUCUGUGCACAAUAUGUUUUGUUAUAUCAUCAACAGUGCUAAUAUCCGGCCACGCUAUCCAAGAUGGUAGAGAGACAGGCAAUAAUCUGAGUACAACAGCUAAUCCAGAUGGUAGAGAGAUAGGCGAUAAUAUGAGUGCAGCAGGCAAAACAGAAAUAAGUGUAGGUUCAGGAGCUGUAAUUGGGUCUGUGAUUGCUGCAUUAGCUGUUGGAGUUAUUAUUGGUGUGAUUUGUACCUUCUUUAUUCUUACCAGAAAAGGAUUUAUAGCAGGCUCGAAAACUCAGCCGACAGUUUCUCAUGAAAAAGAAUUAACUGAACCACCAACUGCUCUGGAUACCUACGAGCAACUUCGAAACAGAACAGAUACUGAAAUCAGGGGAACUUAUGAUUCUCUUGAAGUCAACUCCGGAGUACAGCCAAACAGCCAAUCCCAGUAUGAAAGUCUGAAUCAGGAUGCAGAGAAAUAUCACACAUAUACAGAUCUAAAACAAAGCCGAUAAAUCUUGAUAACCUACUUGAGAGAUUCGUCUUGAACCUUCUAGACGUUUCGGGAAACAUUGAAUUUAUAGAAAGAUAGUUUGUAAAAUUUGUAUUACUGUUAUAUCAAUGGAAGAUAUCGUUACACAAAAAAGUGGCAGUGUACAUAAAGAUAUUUUAUAGAUGAAAAAGGAAUUUCAUGUAUUCUGUUAUUAUAACUCUUUUGAAAAAUAAGAAAAAUACUGUUUUUUGAACUGGUGUUUUCUGGCAUUUAUUUUGCUACUUGAAUUAUUCAAUAUUAUUCUUAAAAAUUGAAUUUUUAUACAUUUUUGCUUCACAUUUGUAUAGCUAAAACAUGUUUUAUAUGAAAAUGAAUUGAUUGGUUGAUUUCAGAAAGAUGAUUAUUUUUUUGAUACUUUGUUAUGAUUAUUCUCAUGAAACAUUUGUACCCACAUUUUUACCUGUCUAUAUGUAAGAAUGACUAUAUUGUUCAUCCGUAUGAAACUUGUAUAAGAAAUUGUUGGUAAGAUAUAAAUUUAACGGUGCUUAAAUUUUUAUUUGAAUAAGGACAGAAGACUCAUCAAAUAUCAUACUCAUACUCAUUUCAGGGUUUUGGCCCUAAAGAAAUUUAGAAUUAAACGUCCGAAAGUUUUUUGUCCAAAGCUAUAUUUUUACAAUACAGCAAAGUUAUGUCGGUUCCUUAAUUAGGAUCUAAAAUGUGUUCUAUACAAUAGUUACAAUAAAGAUCGACUCUCAAAUUAUUAAUUUAAACGUAAUAUGUUACAAUCAUAUCAAGGUUGCAAUGACGUUCGAAUGGCUUUAAUUUUAAUAUCGCAUUUUAAGCAUAAAUAGACAGAAUUUGUAGUUAUGAUUCUUGAAAUUUCUUAAGGAAUGUUUGUUAACUGUUAGAAAUGUGCUUGCAAUGUUUAGUAUAAUUACGUUCUGUAUAAAAUGUUAAUUAAAGUCAGCCAAACUUACGUGUGAUAAUGAGCUCCGACAUGAAAUGAACAGUCACUAUUGCUUGAUUUUUGUACUGUUGUCUGUUGUUGUUUUUCAUGUAAUUCUUAAUGUGCAUUGGCUUAUAAUAGAAGGCCUGUGAUAGCGUAGAUAACUGGUAGUAUAAAUGACAACAAACCACAAAAGGAUUUUAAAUAUCAUGUUGUUUUUUUUUUCAUUGUAAAAAUAUUUAGAAAUUAGAAAUACGUAUUUACUAAACUGGUAUUGUUCCGGAACUGAAUAACAUAACUUUUAUGAAUUACUUUCAUCAAAUGAUAAUUUUAUAAGAAAAUCUCUACUUAUAUUUACCACAUCAUGAUCUCUAUAGCAAAGUAGUAUAUAAAUGUAAUGAAAGUCAAAACUUGUAUAAGACAUAACCUUGUAAUGUUAAAUAUCAUAUUUUGUAUGACAAGUAUUUUGGGCCGGUGGCCUUUAUUUCUGAAUAAAUCUUUUGACUUGA